AUGCUCUCUAUGAUAGCUCUUGGUACAAUGGAACCGAUGAGAGCUGAUGGACGUCAAUCGAUCUGUUACGACAAUCUGAUUAUCGGAGUUCCACGUGUACGUCAACUGCGAAUGUCCUCCAAUUCCUGCCUGAUCCCGACUGACUUUAGGGAAGAUAUCAGGGAAUGUUACGGACCGUACGAUGUGACUCACGAAGACAAGACAUCAUUUGGCCCGAUGAAUGGGACUGCAUGGAUAUACACCCCAUCAGACGAAUUGGAAAUGUCACUAUUCUGGGGCACAGCCAGUUUGUAUGGAGGAGGUGGCUACUAUGUGGAUCUAUCCACCAAUCGCUCGGAGGCCGAUGAUCAACUUCAAUUUUUGUUCGACAACUUAUGGCUGGAUCGUGGAACGCGAGCUGUGUUUCUGCACUUUACAAGUUAUAAUCCGAAUUUGAAUUUGUUUUCUGUUGCUCAGAUCGUCGUUGAAGCACCGGGAUCCGGUGGACUGAUCAGUACAUCCGAGUUUCGAUCUGUCAAACUGCUCCGCUAUGUCACAACUUUUGACUACUUUGUGCUGGCGUGUGAAUGCAUUUUCUUGCUGUUCACAUUAUAUUACAUUGUGGAGGAGAUUAUGGAGAUUUCCAAGCACAAGUGUUCAUAUUUUACCUCGGUGUGGAAUUGGUUGGACAUUAUUAUCAUUGCUCUCAGUCUCAUAUGUGCCGCGUUCAACAUCUAUCGAACCAUCAAAGUGAACGAGCUGUUGGACGAUUUGCUACAGAAUCCGGAUCAGUUCGCCAAUUUCCAACUGUUAAGUAUAUGGCAAGUGAACUUCAACUACGGUAUUGCGGUGACUACUUUUCUGGCCUGGAUGAAGAUUUUCAAAUACAUCAGUUUCAACAAAACCAUGACCCAAUUGAGCUCAACGUUGGGUAAUUGUGCGAAGGAUUUAGCCGGUUUUGCUGUCAUCUACACCUUGUUCCGCAUUAUCCUUGGUGAUUUCGAUUUUGCCGCACUUGAGCGUGCGAACAGCGUGUUCGGUCCGAUCUACUUCAUUGUCUACGUGUUUUUCGUGUUCUUUGUCCUGCUCAACAUGUUCAUCGCGAUUAUCAACGAGACCUACGUCGGAGUCAAAUCGGAUUUGCAAAAUCAGACAAACGAUUUUGAGAUGAAGGAUUUCUUCAAAACGCGCAUGAAGAAAAUGUUGGAUAGAUUGCAUAGGAAGAAAAAUCGAAUCGAGAAAUUGCAACAAGCAAUGGAAUUGGCUAACACAAACAAAGGUGGUCGAAUGGAUUUCCUCGAACUGCGGGAGCAUUUGAACUCACAAGGUUUCACUGCAGAAGAAAUCGAUAAUGUGUUCGGACGAUUCGACACGGACCAGGAUAAAACAUUGUCCAGUGUGGAACAGUUAAAGAUGCAAGCCAAACUGGAGGAGGAAAAGAUGGCUUUGGUUAGCGAAAUAGCCAAAGAAGAACAAGUUGCUCUCGAAACCGGGCUGGCUGACGAGACUAUUCAAGUACCACCGGUCACUCAACGUGAGUUUACGCGAGCGUUGAAACGUCUCGGACGUAUUGAGACCGGGAUGAGCACGAUGAUGCAACAUCUGAGUACCGUUUUGCAAGGUUUGAGUUCAGUGGAGAAAGCCAAACUGAUUCGUCGGGAGGCGAUGACCGAAUUGUUACAAACUGUGAUCACGUGUAUCUGUAGUUUGAAGUGCAUGCUUGAUCCGAGCAGAUUCGCUGCACUCUAUGUGGAUGUCGAAUAUCGAACGGGAUUCCUCUAG